GCCCGAGCGAGCUGCCACUGUAGUCUUGUAGUGAGAGCGGUGGAGCGGCGAGGGGAGGGGAGAGGGCACUGCCCCUUUAAAAGUGGGGAAGUCCGCCCUCCUGAGGUAAUGGUAACCUCAGCCUCCUCCCCUCCUCCUGCCCGAGAGAGAGAGAGAGCGAGAGCGGGCGAGAGAGCGAGCGAGCAAACUUGUUUUCAUUCAUAACUUUUUCCUUUUCCUUCCUCGCCGUCAACUCUUUAUUCCCCGCUCGUCUCCGCGCGGAUUGCAGAGGGCGCAGCUCCACCGCGGUAGCCGGCGAUGUGGCGACGCCGCUCUGCAGCCCCUGCCCUUGGCUCGCUGCGCCCCGGCUCUUUAGGAAUCCGGCUUCUCCUUUAAAGUGUAGACAGCUAUUUAUUUAUAACCCUCCCUGACGUGGGCUUGCUUUUUGGCGCCCGCGUUCGCUCUGAAGGCUCUCCCCGAUUUGUGAGCCUCCUUGGUGGCACACGCCAAAAGGUUUUGGAAAUCCACGGUGAUCCUUAGGAUGUGAUGGGAUUGUCCGAAAAGGAUAUUACUGUACUUUAUUACAAGAAGCACAUGGAUUCAGAGUUGGCAGUGCCUUUGAAAAUCAAGAUCUGUCAUGUAAAUACAGAUUUUUAAAUUAGAGGAAAUACAGAUAAUUGAAACGGCCAGGAUUUCCCCGUACUACUAAAGGCCUAACACUUGUGUGUGAAAGUUAUCUCGUUAGGAUUUCAGAUGCAUGCCAGGUUUCCACUGAUUGCCAGAGUUCACGAUCACUACACAUGGAUCCCCAAAAUCAACAUGGCAGUGGCAGUUCAUUAGUUGUGAUCCAGCAGCCUGCUUUGGAUAACCGUCAGAGAUUAGACUAUGAGAGAGAGAUUCAGCCUGCUGCUAUUUUGUCCUUAGACCAGAUCAAGGCCAUCAGAGGCAGCAAUGAAUACACAGAAGGGCCAUCGGUGGUGAAAAGACCUGCUCUUCGAACAGCACCAAGACAAGAAAAGCAUGAAAGGACUCAUGAGAUCAUACCAGUUAAUGUGAAUAAUAACUAUGAGCAUAGACCUACCAGCCACCUGGGACCUGCAGGACUCUCGAGUAAUACCAGAGGCCCCAUAUUGAGCAGGUCAACCAGCACUGGAAGUGCAGCCAGUUCUGGGAGCAACAGCAGUGCCUCUUCCGAGCAGGGGCUGUUAGGAAGGUCACCACCAGCCAGACCAGUCUCUGGCCACAGGUCUGAGAGGGCAGUCCGGACCCAGCGCAAGCAACUGACUGUGGAUGACUUGAAGGGUUCCUUGAAAGAGGAGCUGGCACAGCACAAGUUCAUCUGUGAACAGUGUGGGAAGUGCAAGUGCCGAGAAUGCACAGCUCCCAGGACCCUGCCAUCCUGUUGGGCCUGUAACCGGCAGUGCCUUUGCUCCGCUGAGAGCAUGGUGGAAUACGGAACCUGCAUGUGCUUGGUCAAGGGCAUCUUCUACCACUGCUCCAAUGACGAUGAAGGGGACUCUUACUCGGACAAUCCUUGCUCCUGUUCACAGUCACACUGCUGUUCUCGGUACCUGUGUAUGGGAGCCAUGUCUCUGCUUCUACCUUGCUUACUCUGUUACCCGCCUGCUAAGGGAUGCCUGAAGCUGUGCAGGGGGUGUUAUGACUGGAUCCAUCGCCCAGGGUGCAGAUGUAAGAACUCCAACACGGUCUAUUGUAAACUGGAGAGCUGCCCCUCCCGGGGUCAGGGUAAACCAUCAUGAUUUUUGGACGUGGGUGGGACCUCCUGAACUUCUAGCUUUCAAGCUGUGGCUGUUAUGGAAAGAUCCUGUUAGAUACUGGUUUUAUUUUCUUUGCAGUUUUUCCCUGUUUCCCACGUUCUCUCCCCCUCUUCCCAAGGUUUGACUCAUGGAUUUUACUCUUCUCUAAUGGAUGAUCUUCAGAAACAGUGAACUGUGAAACUGCACCUGGCUCCCCCUUAGGACAAGAGCCUCUGCCAUCCACUCGAGAGGAUAUUGAGAGCCAGUGGGCUUUUGUGUAGCCUUUUUGUUCUGCAAGCAACUUUCCAAAGUUGUACACGAACAUACCCACACACACACCCAGACUACAGUGAUUUAGAGCUGUUUUUGAUUGGGUACUCUGGGAGCAGGGAAAUUGGUUUUUUUUAAAGAGGCAACCAUUUAAUUGCUUAAAUAAGCUAUGUAUUAAAUCUGUCUCCAAUUAGGGCUCUCUUCAUAGCAUUGGACCCCUAAGUAGCAAGGGGGAUAUGUUUCUGUUAUAACAUUAAAAUUCUCCUUUAACCACUGCCCUCUCCUUCUUGCCCCCCAACGUUCUCUCCCCUCAGUUUUGGCAUUAUCUUAUUCUAGAGAUGCCAGUUUUGUUUUUUGGGUUUUUUCCCCGUGUAAUUUUAGAUUCGCUUUACAGUGUAAAUCUUCACAUUGGAGAUAUAUUAGUUGUAUCUUGCUCAUCUUUGUUCAAAGCUUUCAUAUUUGUGAAGGACUCGGCUCCCUUCCUUCCGUACCCCCACGCUUUUCACCAAAUUACUCUUGUCACUGAGGGCACUUGGAUGACUGAAGUUGAUAUUUAUAGCUGAUCCAUCUAUACAUGUCACAGAACUAUGCUGCCUAAAGUGAUCUUGGCUCCUUAAUGGUUUUUGGACUCUUUGGUUAGUUAACAGCUGAGUAGUUCUAAUCUUUUCUGUUUUCAUUGCCUUAACCACAAAUUGUGGUGCUUUUUGUAUAUUUUAUGUAUAAAUCACAAAGUUGAAUUCUGACUAUUUUUAAGACAAAAGUCUGUUAAACUUUUUUAUUGUAAAGAAUAUUUAUUAUGCGAAUCUAUUAUUUUAUGAUAUUUAUUGCAAAAACUGUUGAAAUGUACUCAUGUCUGAAUAUAACAAAAUAUCAAUACAUAACGGAAAAAUAAGGUGACACGAAGAAAGUACAUAUGUUAACUAUAAUGCAGAAAAUAUAUUAAUUAAUGAA